AUGAGGGAAGACAUCAAGAAGUUGAAAGACCACUUUGAAACAAAGGAAGGAGAUAAAGCGUUGUUUGGGAACCCAGUUUUUCUCAAGGACUUCGAGAACUUAGAAUCCAAGUAUGAGGAGGGUUCACAGAAGCUGCUAGUGAACGAAAUCCUUGACACAUACAUCGUCAUUUUGUCCACCUUGAGGAAUCAGACCAAAGACAAGGAUGUGCAGCUGAGCAUUGCAGCAGUCACUGGCAGGAUAGAAAACCUGAAGAGCCAUUUUUUGAAGAACAAUGACCUGAAGAAGAAACUUCAAAACCUCUGGGCCAUUAAGACGGGAGAUGCCAUUGUUCAGCGUAAGGCGCUGUUGGAGCUCAUGGCUGUGUUCCAGAAAGCAUCCAAGCUAAACAGCAGAAUCCAGGAGAGAAAGCAGAAUCGAAGAAAGAGGCGGCAAGUUCGAAGAACCAGGAUACACUCAGUUUAGAUCAGUUUAUUACCUAUAUGUAUUUAUUUUAUUUUAUUUUAUUAAAU